AGUCAGAGAGUCCCUGCGAGCCGGGGCCAGCUCAGGAGGCGCAGGGCCCCCGCCAAGGAGAGCCCAGGCGCAGGGCACCUGGGCGGUGGCCUCGGCCGAGCCUUCUGCAGGCUGAGACUCCAGGGGACCCACCCGGAGCGGGGAGCGAGCCGGCGCCCACAUGCCCUGCUGCACGAAGCCUCCCAGCGCCCAGGCCAUGAAGGAGGAGGCCUUUCUCCGGCGCCGCUUCUCACUGUGUCCGCCCUCCUCCACCCCCCAGAAAGUUGACCCCCGGAAACUCAGCCGGAACCUCCUCUUUGGUGGAGAAAAUGAGCUCUACCCCCUCAGCCCAGGGAAGGACAUGGAGCCCAAUGGCCCAUCGCUACCGAGGGAUGAAGGACCUCCGACCCCCAGCUCUGCCACAAAGGGACCUCCGGCAGAGUACAGGCUGUACAACGGGUCCGACAAGGAAUGUGUGUCCCCAACAGCCAAGGUCACCAAAAAGGAGGCUCUCAAGGUACAGAAGGAGAACUACCGGCAGGAGAAGAAGCGAGCCACGCGGCAGCUGUUCAGCGCGCUGACGGACCCCAGCGUGGUCAUCAUGGCUGACAGCCUGAAGAUCCGGGGAACCCUGAAGAGCUGGACCAAACUGUGGUGUGUGCUGAAGCCGGGGGUGCUGCUCAUCUACAAGACCCCCAAGGUGGGCCAGUGGGUGGGCACCGUCCUGCUGCACUGCUGCGAGCUCAUCGAGCGGCCGUCCAAGAAGGAUGGCUUCUGCUUCAAGCUCUUCCACCCACUGGACCAGUCUGUCUGGGCCGUGAAGGGCCCCAAGGGUGAGAGUGUGGGCUCCAUCACGCAGCCACUCCCCAGCAGCUAUCUGAUCUUCAGGGCCGCCUCUGAGUCGGACGGCCGCUGCUGGCUAGACGCCCUGGAGCUGGCCCUGCGCUGCUCCAGCCUCCUGCGGCUCAGCACGUGCAAGCAGGGCCGAGACGGGGAGCCUGGAUCCUCGCCUGACGCAUCACCCCCCUCGCUCUGUGGACUGCCCUCCUCGGCUGCCAUCCACGACCAGGACCUGUGCCCGCUGAACGGGUCCUCCCUGGAGAACGAUGCGUUCUCAGACAAGUCGGAGAGAGAGAACGCUGAGGAGUCAGAUAAUGAGACCCAGGACCACAGCGGGAAGACCAACGAGAGUGGGGGUGCCCACUCAGAGACCCUGGAGGGCCGCCUGCCGAGGAGGACGACAUAUGUGGAGCAGGUCCACGAGGAGUUCGGGGAGCUGGGCCAGGCGUCCCAGGUGGAGACGGUGUCCGAGGAGAACAAGAGUCUGAUGUGGGUUUUGCUGAGGCAACUGCGGCCGGGCAUGGACCUGUCCCGUGUGGUGCUGCCAACGUUCGUCCUAGAGCCGCGGUCCUUCCUGGACAAGCUCUCUGACUACUACUACCACGCCGACCUGCUGUCCAGGGCUGCCCUCGAGGGAGACGCCUACAGCCGCAUCAAGCUUGUCCUGCAGUGGUACCUGUCCGGCUUCUACAAGAAACCCAAGGGGAUUAAGAAGCCCUACAACCCCAUCCUGGGGGAGACCUUCCGCUGCUGCUGGUUCCACCCCCAGACCAACAGCCACACCUUCUACAUAGCUGAGCAGGUGUCCCACCACCCACCCGUGUCCGCCUUCCACGUCAGCAACCGCAAGGACGGCUUCUGCAUUAGUGGCAGCAUCACAGCCAAGUCCCGGUUUUACGGGAACUCACUGUCGGCUCUGCUGGACGGCAAGGCCACGCUCACCUUCCUGAACCGGGCAGAGGAUUAUACCCUCACUAUGCCCUACGCCCACUGCAAAGGAAUCCUGUAUGGCACCAUGACCAUGGAGCUGGGCGGUAGAGUGACCAUCGAGUGUGAGAAGAACAACUUCCAAGCUGAGCUGGAAUUCAAACUCAAGCCUUUCUUUGGGGGCAGCACCAGCAUCAACCAGAUCUCGGGGAAGAUCAUGUCAGGAGAAGAAGUCCUGGCACGUCUCACCGGACACUGGGACAGAGAAGUGUUUAUCAAGGAGGAGGGCAGAGGAAGCACGGAGCUCUUCUGGAACCCGAGCGGGGAGGUCCGCGGGCAGAGGCUGAAACGGCGCACUGUGCUAUUUGAGGAGCAGACGGAGCUAGAAUCAGAGAGGCUCUGGCAGCACGUCACCAGGGCCAUCAGCGAGGGUGACCAGCACAAGGCCACGCAGGAGAAGUUUUCACUGGAGGAGGCACAGCGGCAGCGGACCCGCGAGCGCCAGCAGAACCUCAUGCCCUGGAAACCACAGCUGUUCCACCUGGACCCCACCACCCAGGAGUGGUGCUACCGACAUGAGGACCGUAGCCCCUGGGAUCCCCUGAAGGACAUCGCCCAGUUUGAGCAAGACGGGGUCUUGUACACCAUGCGGCGGGAGACCAUGGCCCACCAGACCGCCUUCCUGGGCAGCCCGGGGCCCAGGCACCAGGGUCCUGGCCCAGAGCGGCGGCUCCGCAAGUCCAGCGACCAGCCCUCUGGCCACAGCCAGGUCACCGAGAGCAGCUCCACACCCGAGUCCUGCCCAGAGCUCUCAGAUGAGGAGGAGGAGGAGGAGGAGGACGGUGACUUCAUUCCUGGCAGCGAGAGCCCCUGCCCUCGGUGUGGGAAGGAGGCGCGGCGGCUGCAGGCACUGCACGAGGCCAUCGUGUCCAUCCGGGAGGCCCAGCAGGAGCUGCACAGGCACCUCUCGGCCAUGCUGAGCUCCACGGCGAGGGCCAGGCAGGUAGCAGCCCCGGGCCUCCUGCAGAGCCCCCGCUCCUGGUUCCUGCUCUGUGUGUUCCUGGCGUGUCAGCUGCUCAUUAACUACAUCCUCAAAUAAGAGCCCUUUGUGGGCAGCACGGGCAGCGCCUGCAGAACUCGGCCAGCCCCAGCCCUCCCUCCCAGGCACCUAGCACUUUAAGCCAGCCCGGGGGAGGCAGAGAGAAGCCGGCAAGCGUGGCCGCUGUGGACAGAGGGGCGGCAGGAGGACGGCAGGAGGGCCCCAGAGGGCCACCCGGGGCUCCUCCAGGGGAGGAGGUCCCUCUCCUGUGGGACCCUCCGCCCAGCGCCGGCCUUAAUGCUAAAGCCAAAUGCAGCUUUCGUCAUGCCUCACACCCCUUGGCCAACUCGCCUGCUCUUUCCUGGUCAGCUUCUACUUGUCCCGCGUGAUGGACGGAGGCGGGGGUGAGGGGCCUGCCCAGACUUUGCUUGGUCACUCCCCAGCCAGGGUGAGUAGGGAGCUUUUGCAGAGCAAGCCAGGAGUCCCAGAGGUUCCCAGAGCCUCCUCCGUCCGGAUGCCCAGGGCUGUCCGUCCUGACACCCAGCGUGCAUUGCCGGAGUCGUGCCACGAGAGGCCUCCAGUGGUAUCUGGGGCAGACUGGAGCUACUCUGGAGAGAGCAUUUGGAUUUUAGUCUGGUUUUGUGCUGUUUGGACAGGAUCCCCACGAUACAUACCAGUGGAAUCCAUCCCACCUCACACAGCCUGGGCGUGGCGGGGGUGGGAGGGCGGGCGGGCACACCUGAGCGCAGGUGUGUGUGUGUGGGCAGUGGUGCGUGGGGUCGGCUUCGCCGGCACUGGUGUUCCCUGAGUCAGGGAAGCCCAAGUUUGCCACUUUGCUCGGACAGAUGCACAGUCUUCCCGUUUUACACUUUUUUAAUAAACGCAAUUGCAAUAUUUUAGGCAGGCUGCAA